UUCAGCACCUACUCCGUACAUGUAAUUGGCCUUAUAUUUUGCCAACUACUUGUCUUAUUAUUGCUAAGAAGGCAAGAGCAUGAACUAAAUUCAUCCACUCAUUCACUCCUCUCUUGCUCAACUAGAAGAUCCAGUGGCUAAAGGUACUAGAGACUAUGAAGUUGAUUACACUUCGAUUUUCUUGUCUUUCAUUAGUUUGUAUCACUGAGCUUGUGAUUUGUGCUGGGUUAAUUGCUCCAAAGUUUGAUGCUUUUCUUCGACUUGAAAAAUGGGUGUUUUCUGUUUUUGAUAAAAUUACUAAGCUGAUAUUAAAUUUUGAUUAAAAAAAAAAAAAAGUUGAAAGCUGAAGAUGAGGAGUGGAAAUCUUGCACCUAAGGAAGAGGAGCAAAAAUCAAGAAGGAACAAGAGAGUUGUUGAUGAGAAUGCCCCUUUGAUACCCAAGUUUCAGGAGAGUGAUGGUGCAGGAUUUGAUGAGUUUAAUGGGGCUUCAUUUUCUGGGGCUGUUUUCAACUUGUCCACCACAAUUAUUGGUGCUGGGAUCAUGGGGUUGCCAGCAUGUGUGAAGAAGUUGGGGAUGGUGCCUGGUCUUCUUGCUAUCAUCUUAGCAGCUUUCAUGACAGAGAAGUCAAUUGAGUUCAUGAUUAGGAUUUCCAGAGCAGGGAAUCUUUCUUCUUAUGGGACUCUCAUGGGGGAUGCUUUUGGGAAAUAUGGGAAAGCUUUGGUGCAGAUAUGUAUUGUAGUCAAUAACAUUGGUGUGUUGAUUAUUUACAUGAUUAUUAUUGGUGAUGUAAUUUCUGGAACAACUUCAAGUGGAACUCACCAUUCUGGUGUUCUUGAAGGAUGGUUUGGAGUCCACUGGUGGACUGGGCGAAUGUUUGUUCUUUUGUUUUCAACUCUUGUUGUCUUUGCACCUUUGGUCAGCUUUAAGCGAAUUGAUUCAUUGAAAUUCACAUCUGCAUUAUCAGUUGGACUAGCAGUUGUUUUUCUUGUGAUUGCAGUGGGAAUAUCAAUCUUCAAGAUUAUAAUUGGAGGCAUUGAGAAGCCCAGACUCUUCCCGAUCGUUACAGAUGUAACAUCAUUUUUUGAACUGUUCACUGUAGUUCCUGUGCUUGUGACUGCCUAUAUCAGCCACUCCAAUGUUCACAACAUAGACAAUGAACUUGAGGACUCUUCACAAAUGCAUGGCGUUGUUCGUACUUCCCUCGUUCUAUGUGCUUCAGUGUACUUACUGACAAGCUUCUUUGGCUUCCUCCUAUUCGGUGAAGGGACUCUUGAUGAUGUUCUUGCCAACUUUGACACUGAUCUUGGAAUUCCUUUUGGUUCUGUGCUCAAUGAUGCUGUUAGAUUUAGCUAUGCAGCACAUCUUUUGUUUGUGUUUCCAGUUGUCUUCUAUGCAGUGCGUGUCAACCUAGAUGGUCUCAUAUUUUCAUCAUCUAGGCCUUUGGCUCAAGAUAACAUCAGAUUUGCAACAAUUACUGCCUCACUUAUUGUUGCUAUCUUUCUAGGAGCAAAUUUCAUACCCAGCAUUUGGGACAUUUUCCAGUUUACUGGAGCAACAGCAGCUGCUUGUGUAGGAUUCAUAUUUCCAGCUGCCAUCGCCAUUCGGGAUCGACACAACAUAGCAACUAAAACCGAUAAGGUUCUAUCUGUCUUUAUGAUAGUCUUGGCAGUCUUGUCAAAUGCUGUGGCUGUAUACAGUGAUGCUUAUGCAUUGAUUAAGAAGAACAAAACUUAUUCAUGAGUGAUUUCUUAGAAAUUUUCUUUGAAGGCCGCAUUACAGGUAUAUUCAUACUUUCAGAUGGGUGGAUUAUGGAAUAAACAAAGAAACCUUCUAUAGUUCUAUAUAACAUGUUCAAAAUCAAGUGAGAACGGUCAACCUAAUACUGAAAGAGUUGGAUAGUAUGUAUAGAGUCUUGAGUAUGAAUCAUGUUUAUGUGAUUCUGUCAUUGUAAUUUUUAUGGAUAAAAAAAAAGCUUUGUCCAGUGUGAUAUUUAGUAUUGUAAUUGUAGAGGUUAUUGUUGAUGUGUGUCUAUUUUGUAGGCUUCAUCUCCCCAAACAUAAUAACCAUUCAUAUAGGUACCUUACAUAUGUAAGUUUCCAUUUGUCUAAAAAUACAGUAACAUAAGUAAAAUUCUUUUACCAA